AUGGUGUGUAUGAACCGAUGUCUGUCGGUUCAGCUAAACCCAGCUCUUCAGUUUCACUGUUCAGUCUCUAGCAUGCCUGCUUAUCAACAGGACUGUUGUUUUCUCACGCAGAGAAUGCUGAUGAGGAAAAGAGCUUUCCUGCGGCAAACUGAUAAGAAUCUCUGGGUGACUGUGCAGGUCUCUGCUCCGUGUCCCAGCGAGAGGCACUAUGAGCUUCUAGGACGGUGCUGCAGCAAAUGCGAGCCAGGAAAGUACAUGUCUUCUAAGUGCACUACUACCUCUGACAGUGUCUGUCUGCCCUGUGGCCGGGAUGAAUACUUGGCUACCUGGAAUGAAGAAGAUAAAUGCUUGCUGCAUAAAGUCUGUGACACAGGCAAGGCCCUGGUGGCCGUGGACCCCGGCAACCGCACGGCCCCGCGGCGCUGCGCCUGCACGGCCGGCUACCACUGGAGCCAGGACUGCGAGUGCUGCCGCCGCAACAGCGAGUGCGCGCCGGGCCUGGGCGCCCAGCACCCGUGUACGGCCCUUAGCCCUCUUUUUGAGGGCUUCUCAAAACCUUCUACAUUGUGUUCAUCUCUCAAAAAGCUGUUGGAAUUAAUCUGUACCAUCCUUGGAAAGACAGUAGAACAUCCCGGGACGGAUAAAUCAGAUGUGGUUUGCAGUUCUUCUCUGCCAUCUAGAAAGCCACCAAAUGAACCCCAGAUUUACUUGCCCGGUUUAAUUAUUCUGCUUUUCUUCAUAUGUGCAGCAGUAGUUGCUGCUGUCAUCUUUGGUGUUUACUACAGGAAAAAAGGGAAAGCACUAACAGCUAAUUUGUGGCACUGGAUCAACGAGGCUUGUGGCCGCCUAAGUGGAAAUAAGGAGUCCUCAGGUGACAGUUGUAUCAGCACCCACACAGCAGCCUCUAGUCAGCACCCAGUGCGUGAAGGUGUCUUACUGCUGACUCUGGAGGAGAAGCCGUUUCCAGAAGAUAUGUGCUAUCCAGACAGUGGUGGUGUCUGUGGGGGAGCGUGUGCAGGAGGUGGUCCCUAUGCACAGGGCCAAGAUGUCGGGAUGCUCUCCUUGGUCAGCAAGACCGAGACCGACGGGGACCCCUUCAAGCAGAUUCCCACGGAAGACGAAUACAUGGACAGGCCUUCCCAGCCCCCAGACUGUUUACUGUUCCUGACUCAGCCUGGAAGCAAAUCCACACCCCCUUUCUCUGAGCCCCUGGAGGUGGGGGAGAAUGACAGUUUAAGCCAGUGCUUCACAGGGACAGACAGCAUGCUGGAUUCAGAAAACUGCAACUUCACUGAGCCCCUGUGCAGGACUGAAUGGAUUCCUGCAUCCUCUGAAAAGUACUUGCAAAAAGAGGUGGAGGGUGGCAAUUGCCCCCACUGGGCAGCCAGCUCCAACUCAGCAGAUGGCUGCACAGGCUGCGGGAACCCUCCUAGGGAGGACCAUGAACCCCUCAUGGGUUCCCCGAAAUGUGGACCCUUGCCCCAGUGUGCCUAUGGCAUGGGCCUUCCCCCUGAAGAAGUAGCCAGCGGGGCAGAGAGGGGAGAGCAGCCCCAGGACGGGGCUGAUGGGAGGCUUCCAAACUCGACGAGGGGAGGUGCUGGGUCUGGAGGCUCCCCCAGUGACCAGCCACCUGCAUCCGGAAAUGUGACUGGAAACAGCAACUCCACGUUCAUUUCCAGCGGGCAAGUGAUGAACUUCAAGGGCGACAUCAUCGUGGUCUACGUGAGCCAGACGUCGCAGGAGGGCGCGGCGGGCGCGGGCGCGGCGGAGCCGGUGGGCCGCCCGGUGCAGGAGGAGACCCUGGCGCGCCGCGACUCCUUCGCCGGCAACGGCCCGCGCUUCCCGGACACGUGCGGCGGCGCCGACGGGCUGCGGGCGCCCGAGAAGGCGUCGCGGCCGGUGCAGGAGCAGGGCGGGGCGGAGGCCUGA